AACUCCUGCUUUUAUUUCUUUGUUUUGUUGAAUGGCUUUAGACUUGGCAUUGGCUUUUCUGACUGCAGAAUCCUAGUUGUGAUUGCAACUUCUUGCUGUUUAAUGAAUAUUUAAUUCCCAGCUUUUGUCGUGAUAUUUAUCCAUGUUUUUUCACAAUAGCGUCAUUCAUAGUCUUGACCUCAGGAAAAGGAUGCUUUUGAAGUAACAGUGUAUUUUAAGUGAAUUUGGAGAGAGGGAAACUACAAGCUAAAAGUUUAAAGCCUGUUAUUAUUUAACAUUUUCUUGCUCUUCACACUUUUCACAGUGCAUCUACAAACUCACCAGAGUGUGGUGGGGUGGACUUGAAAAAUAUUUUCCCAAGCCCCCUGAUUUUAGUUCUUGCAGUAGUGGAGAUUUCUCUGCUGGGCAAUCUGGUUUCUUUCUUAUCUAGUACUACUGAUAGUGCUGCUUCAAACCAUCAGACCACUACUGCUCCACUGCUGAGAAGUUUGGAAAAGGUUGAAGGGGAACUGGGUAAAAUAAGAUUACACUCACCAGCUGACAGCUUUUGAUAAGACAGCCCGCAUACUCCUUUGCUUUGUUUGCCCCCACAAAGUUUUCUGCUUUACUAUGCACUUAAACUGCAUAGUCUUAUAGAACCAAGUAAGUGACUUAUUUUUGCAGAUUUAGAUGAUGAGAGGGGAGCUUGGUCAUUUUAUUGCCGUGAAAGUGGGAAAAGCACUUGAGUAUGCUGUGAAGAGGAGAGCAUUCGGACAGUGGGCAGCAAGCAGCAUACUGUGGAAGCUAGUGCUACAAUGGGCUGUCCUGACAAGGUACUGCCUGGUGGGCUGGGUCACAACAGGGACUCAAAACUGAGUAGUUGCCUGCAAUUUCAGCAAGGAAACAGUGAAACAAUUUAAGAUGGUUCCUGGUUGGAGCAAAUACCCCUGGUCAAGCAACCUCCUGCACCUGUCUGAAUCUCCCCCCUUGCUGCCCCUCUCUAUAUUUACCCAGUGGGAACUUUCCAAGAAUGGAAGUGGGAAGAUAAAUGCCUGUGGGGGAUAAAUUUAGCCCAGGCUCCCUGGCCCUGCUCCCUGUGGUGGCAUUUCAGCUGUGAGCUUGACAGCCUGCGCCCUUCCAGUUGCGCAGAGUGGAUGUCCAUCCCUGACAGAGCAAGGGCUCUCUUUCUCUUCCCCCUCCCCUUUUUUUAUUUAAACCAAGGAAGAAUUCUCCAUGGGACCACGUCCGCUUUGCCUGUCUUGGGUGUGAGCAUCACUUGCCUCGCAGAGCCCAGAGAAGAUGAAGAUAAUGGAGAAAGUGAGGAGCUGAACCAAGCGGUGUCUGAGGACGAUUACCAAACCCUUGACAAGCUCUUGCACCAAGACAGAUACAAGAGAGUCAUCAACAACAGGAGUGGCUGGGGUGUUCCCAGCACCCCGCUGCGCCUGGCCGCCUCCAAGGGCCACCUCAGGAGCCUGGAGGUCCUCCUGUCUCACGGGGCAGAGGUGGACAGUCUGGACGUGAAGGCACAAACCCCACUUUUCACAGCAGUCAGCAAUGGCCACUUGGAGUGUGUGAAGGCGCUGCUGGAGGCAGGAGCUGGUCCCUCUGGCAGCAUCUACAACAACUGCUCACCGCUGCUGACCGCAGCUAGGGAUGGGAACGCUGAGAUUCUGCAGCAGCUCCUGGAGCAUGGUGCUGAGACCAAUGUCCAAGCGAGGGUGCCUGAGUGGGCUGCCAACUCCACUGCUUGUUCUGGUCCGCUUUACCUCGCGGCUGUCUAUGGGCACCUGGAAUGCUUUAGGUUGCUGCUACUCUAUGGUGCUGAUCCCAACUACAACUGCACUGAUGAGAGGAUGAUCGCACGCAUCAAGGAGCCCAAGACUCUGUUGGAGAUCUGCCUGAGGCACAGCUGCCGGCGUGAGUUCAUCAAGCUGCUUCUUGACUUUGGAGCCAAUGUGUAUUUGCCAAACAUCAAGAAGAUAGCACCUGGUAGUGAGGGCCUGGAACUGCUGUUGCAGGCAAGAGCUCAUCCCAAAUCCCUGAUGUCUCAGUCUAGGCUGGUGGUGAGACACAUCCUGAAGCAGGCUGGCCAUGCACAUGCCCUCAGAGAGCUGGACAUUCCACCAGUGCUGGUGAGCUACCUCCAACAUCAGCCUUAGCAGGGAAACACCAUGGAAGACACCUGCCCCAGAAAUAUGCCCAGUGCCUGAAUUAAAAGCUCCUCUGAUGCUGCUGUUGCACAGCACAAAACAGAUGUGAAUUUGUGGUUAAAAAGUUUUUUUUUUUUUUUUUUUUUGCAAAGUGUCUCUGAAAUCUGUAUGGAAAGAUAGUAAGAGAAGGAGGAGAGAAAACCAGGAGUCUUCAGCUCCUGCUAUGCACCAGGCACAUCAGAGUGAUGGCAGAGCAGGAUCUGAGCAAAGCUGCAGGUUGUUCUUCAGCUGUGUAUAAGACCUGUUUCCCACAGAGGUACUUUUAAAGAUACUUCCUUGGUUGUGCAGCGUGGUGAGAGCAGCGGGAGAUUGUUUCAGCCACAUUCAAAUGCCCUAACACUACCUAGAUGUGGCUGUCACUUCCACUGCACCCCUGUGCCAUCCCCUGACACCGGGUAAACGCAAAGGCUGUUCCCCAGUGGCCGUGCUUGUGGAUGACUCAGGCAGGAGUUGCACUUCAUGUUCCCAGACAAAAAUCCCUGAAGUCUGAAAUCCCACUUCUCUGCUCAAGGAGUAUCAUUAAAUGUCAUUUUACUCUUACUAAAAGUGAUUCAUGUUACUGCUGAGGGCUUAAGUAUCUCUCUUGGCUGAGUGCCUAUGAUUGUGCAGGAUUUUUAAAUUAAAAAUGCAUGCUAAUAUUAAACUAUUGCUAUCUGUUUGGUAAAAUAUUGUUAAACUGACCAUGGAAGAGACUAGAAACCCAGCCCAUGUUAUCUGGAAGUGACUGUUACGCCUGGCCGGCCUUCAUCAGGGAUACAUUCUGCUAACUGCUAGUUCUUUCAUUCCAGCAUUGCUGUUGAAAUGGAGGCAAAUGUAAGAGUGUGUGCUUCCAAACACCCUUGGCAGAGUGGGCCAUUGGCUUUGGUUCAGACUCCUGGUCACUAUUAAGCUCCUGCAAAAUGUCAGUGUGACAUCAGCUCUGCACAGGUUGCUGUCUGCAAAACACAAGUACAUCCUGCAUUUCAAAGGUUGUGGAGUCUAUUCAUUCGGCUGCAGGAAGUCUCUCAGGGGAAGCAUCCAGAUCCCUAAAGCUUGGCAUUCUUUGAAUUGGCUGAACAAUGCUUUGGAAAUCACUCAGUGGUGUGGGAAGUGAUUGCAUGUUGAUGGUGGAAUGGAGCUGCCUGAUUUGGUGGGUCUUGCUUAACAUAAAGCAGCCUCUUCCCAGGAGAGGAUUUAACAUCACAAGAAGUCAUUUCUCUACCAGCCUGCUCACACAUGGGAGCCCUAGCAGCAACAAAUCCCCAUGGCAGAUGCCCUCCACCUCCAAGGCAGUAGUGCUGGAGCUCUUUAUUCUGCUGCAUGUACUGUGUUGGGCACUCAGCUGAUGCUGUGAACUUCAUUAUUUCAGUCUGAAAUGCGCUGACACCCUGGGAAGUGUAAUAUCAUGGGAACUUCACAGGGGUGAUUCUUCCAGUUUGUAGGCUGCCCUGAGCAGUACCAGGCCUUCCUCUGAAGGGCCUGAGGUUAGCUUGUGCUGCUUGGGAAUCCUCCAGCGGCUUGUCCAGCACUAAUUCAUCUUCAGUGUUCAAGGUGGAAGAGUGAAGUUUGUUUCCUUUGCAAAGGCUGAUAUUGCUGUGUGAUCUUCAAGCUCUAUCUAUGUAGCAGCAUGCAUUGGUGCUGCAGCUGAGCACGUGUAAAUAACUCUUGCACUACUCUUGUUCUAGUCCUUAAUUUAAAAUCUUGGAUGGAAAUGAGGGCUUAGGUCCUGAUGUUGGAUUUCCAAACUGUUCUGAGAGCGGCUGGAGUCACACCAGUGCAGCUUUCUCCUCCACCCAACCACUCGUUCAUGUGUGGCGGGGUAAGAAAGUUCUGGGUUUGGGCUGUAGGAAGGGGAGCACAGCUGAGCCUCUGCUAUGGGGCUUCCACAGCGGGUGAGUUGUGUCUGCUGGGCCGAGAAGAUGGAGGACCCCGGCACCACACCACGGGCCAGGCGCAGGCGGAUAAUGAGUGUCGUAACGGGAAUGAAAUUGAAUAUUUGAAUGGCCGAAAAACGUCAUUUUCUCAGCAAUCAACCAAACAAGUACCAGCCGGUGGCCCUCGUGCCAGCUGCUCAUCUUCAUUAAUUACCGGACAUUUUGUGAUCAGGAGCGGUGCCGCGAGCAGCAGGCACUGCACCAGCCGCUCCGCCUUUCUCACUUUCUGAGGCACCUCCUCACGUUCUGGCUCGCGGCGGUUCAGCUGGGGACGAGGAGCGGGCAGCGACGCUCGGCUCCCCGUACGGAGCGGCCUUUCUCCCCGCCCUACCGUG